AUGGCGCCUCAAAACCUCCCUUCCAUCUUCAAUGCCACGAGCACCGAUAUUGAGCAGCUGCUCGCUGCUCAGUGCCACAUUGGCUCCAAGAACCUUGGUGUUCACAUGCAGCCUUACCUCUGGAAGACUCGUGCCGACGGCGUGAACAUCAUCAACAUCGGCAAGACCUGGGAGAAGAUUGUCCUCGCCGCCCGUAUCAUUGCCGCCAUUGACAACCCGAGCGAUGUUUGCGUCAUCUCCGCCCGUCCCUACGGCCAGCGUGCUGUCCUCAAGUUCGCCGCCCACACCGGCGCCCAGGCCAUUGCCGGCCGCUUCACCCCCGGUUCCUUCACCAACUACAUCACCCGCUCGUUCAAGGAGCCCCGCCUGAUUGUUGUCACCGAUCCCCGCACCGACGCCCAGGCCAUCAAGGAGGCCAGCUACGUCAACAUCCCCGUCAUUGCGCUCUGCGACACCGACUCGCCCACCGAGUACGUCGAUGUUGCCAUCCCGACCAACAACAAGGGUCGCCACGCCAUUGGCCUGGUCUGGUGGAUGCUGGCCCGUGAGGUCCUCCGCCUCCGCGGCACCAUCUACAACCGCGAGACUCCCUGGGACGUCAUGGUUGAUCUGUACUUCUACCGCGACCCUGAGGCCGAGGCCGAGGAGAAGGUCGAGGAGGAGAAGCUCCCUGGUGUCGAGGAGGAGGGCCCGGUUGCUAUCGAGUCUGGCUUCCCCGCCGGAGCUGGUGAUUGGGAGGCCGCCCCGGCCGGCUUCCCGGCUGCCGCUACCGGCGAGUGGAGCGAGGCGGCCCAGCCCACCUGGGAGUCUGGCGGCGCCGCCGCGACUGGCGAGUGGGCCGCUGAGGCCCCCAAAGAGGCUUCGGGCUGGUAG